AAGGGCACCCCAAGCGCUGCUGGUCAUUGCCAUCCCGCCAUGGCUCCCAUUGCUCUCCUUCUCCUGGCUGGGCUUUUGCUGGCUUCACCCUCCUGGGCACGGAGGCCCAAACCCUCCAAGAACUCCAUCGACAAGAUCAGCGCCCAGGAACAGUUUGAUCCCGCCCGGUUUGCAGGGAAGUGGUUUCUGGUGGGGGUGGCCUCUGAUUGCCUUUACCUGCGUGAAAAUGGCUACCGGGUGGAAGCCACCAAUGUGGUUGUGUCGAUUGACAGGGACUCGCUGCUCUUUAAGACCUUCCGGCCUCUGGACGGGAUUUGCUGGAACAUCAAACAGAGGUAUUUUGCCGACAAGACCCCUGGGCGGUUCCUCUUGAAAGGCCGCGGUGUCACAGUGGACGUGGUGGUGGGGGAGACGGACUAUAGCAGCUACGCCAUCCUGUACUUCCAGAAGAACCGCAAGAUCUCAGCCAAACUUUACGGACGGACGGCACAGGUGACAAGUAGCGUCCUGAAGAAGUUCGAAGCUGCCAUGACUGCCCUGGGAAUCAGUGAAGACCUCAUCUUCUAUUACCCCGUCUACGGGUUUUGUAGCUCGGCCGACCAAUUCCACAUCCUUGACGAAACGAAAUACACAGGAUAGCAGGAACCAGGAGCGAUCCGACGCUCCAGCCGUGUCAAGGCAGCCCAUGAGGACGCUCAAGAACAGAAGCCACCCAAGUUUUUCCUUGUAUUUGGUCCCAGGAAAAUAAAACAAGAAAACCCA